AUGCGUCACCAGCCGCGUAGAUCGCCUGCCGUUAGAACGAGGAAAAGACAAGGCGGAGCGCCACCAGCGGCACCGGCAGUAUGUGGAGGAUCAGCGGGAUGGCGUUAUUUGCCGCCCGAAAUGAAAACGAAUGUGUCGGAGUCACACGACGCAUUGAGUGGAGUUGGACAGCGGGAGGAGUCAACUGUGAAUGGUUCAAAAGGCAAGGCUCAGAUGCUGAUGGCUCCUGUCACGGUGGGGCGCCUGGGACUUGCGCCCCAAAGGGAUCGAGCAUUGCCCUCUUCGGAUGGCAGUCGCGCCACCGGCAGUCCGGAAAACGAAUCCGCUCAGGAUGAAAAGUUGAAAGUCGCUGAGUCAUCGGAGGGCGGUGGGACAGAGGGAGGAGCCCAGCCCCCAACACAGCCUGCCAUUGGGGGGCGAAAAGGAUCACUACCAACAAAACCAGCCGCAGUACCGGGCGAACAAAUAAGACAAACAGCGGGGGCAGGAACCGCCGCAAGGGGCAGAAGGGCCUGA